AUGCGCUUCACCACGUUCACAGCUUUGGCCAUCGUGCUUGCCUCUAUGGCAGUGGCUGCUCCAGCUCCCAGCGCUAUGCGUGUCAAGGAGUCGGUGACCAUGCCAUCAGGAUGGGUGCGCAGAGGCCCAGUCGCUGCCGGCACAGAAAUCCCUCUCUCCAUCGCUCUGAAGCAGCGCGCCUUUGCCGACCUCGAAUCGGAAAUCCUUGCAGUCUCCGACCCCAAUUCUCCCCGCUACGGCAAAUUCUUGUCUCGCGAGCAAGUCUCUUCCUACCUCACACCUAGCGCGGAAAGCGCUGCAGCUGUGCGUCGCUGGCUCGAGGAGCACAGCGUCAAGGAGGACCUCUCGCGCCGCAGCUUCGCGGGCGACUGGGUUCGCGCCACGGUCCCCGUGGAGCGUGCGAGCGCCAUGCUUGGAGGUGCCGAAUUCGCGGAAUUCUUGAACGAGCGCACUGGAGAGGUCGUCGUGCGAGCGCUCGAAUACUCUGUACCCGAGAGCGUCUUCGACCAUGUCGACCUUGUCGGCCCCACCACCUACUUUGGUAAGCCUUUGGCUCAUCGUGCUCCUUCGAGAAUCGCCGAAUGGCUGCCAGUGGGCUACAAGCCUCACGCAGAUGAGACAGUCGUUCAUGCCGACAAUCGCCUGGCCGUCAAUGUUGCUGCUGCCAUUCCCCCACCUGCUUGCACCACCACGAAUCAGACGACGCUCACGUGCAUUCGUCAGUUGUACGGCACAAUCGACUACAAGGUCCAAAAGCCUAACUCGCAAUUCAUUGGCAUCAGUGGUUUCUUGGAGGAGUACCCCAACGACAAGGACUUCAACCAAUUCUUGAGCACUGAGCGCCCUGACGCUCUUGCAGCCAACUACAAAUACCGCCUGACCCAGAUCGACGGUGGCGGAAACGACCAGAGCAAGCCAGGUGUCGAAGCCAAUCUAGACGUACAGACCGUCGCUGCCAUCAGCUUCAACAUCCCUUCGACCUACUACUCGAACGGCGGACGCCCUCCUUUCAACCCGGACCAAGCCACUCCAACGAAUACCAACGAGCCGUACACCACCGAGUUCGAGUACCUGCUCUCUCAACAGACCAUUCCCUCCGUCGUCAGCACUUCGUACGGUGAUGACGAACAGACCGUCCCUCGCGAUUACGCAGUCCGCGUGUGCGGGUGAGUGCUGCGAGGCCUUGGAACGAAAUCAAUCGCAAGGGGCAGUGUGAGCUGACAAUUGUCAUUCCUUUUUUCUAGUGAAAUUGCUGGACUGGCGGCACGCGGUGUCUCCAUGGUCUUCAGCUCAGGUGAUAACGGUGUUGGCUCAGACGGCAACUGCGUGAGCAACGACGGCAAGAAGACUCGCAAGUUCCUCCCCGCAUUCCCUGCCUCCUGCCCAUACUCGAUCACCGUUGGAGGGACAGAAGCCUACGCGCCAGAGGUUGCUGUCUCCUCCAAGAUCGGUGGCUUCUUUGCUGGCGGCGGUUUCAGCGAGUACUUUGCAAGACCCGCUUAUCAAGACAACGCCGUCAAGGGCUAUCUCAAGACUCUUGGCAAGAAGCACGCCGGCCUGUUCAACCCCAACGGCCGCGCGUACCCCGACAUUGCCGCUCAAGCUUCUCGCUACCUGAUUGUCGUCGGAGGCCGUUACGUGCGUGUAGGCGGCACCAGCGCUUCGGGUCCUACCAUCGCCUCCAUCAUUGCGCUGCUCAAUGACGCUCGCGCAGCUGUCGGCAGGCCCAACCUCGGCUGGAUAAACCCCCUGCUGUACUACGGUCAACCUGAGCAGGUCCUCACGGACAUCACUUCCGGCUCAUCUGCUGGAUGCGACACUGACGGCUUCCCUGCCGCCAAGGGAUGGGACCCUGUGACCGGGUUCGGAACUCCCAACUUCAAGAAGCUCCUCGCCGCCGCGACGGCAUGA